AUGACCAACGACGAAACAUACUCAGUAAAGAUUUCCAAUGUCAAGGCACACAACUUGACAUUGAAGAAAGAGACAGCCAAUGCCAACAACAUAGAUCCAUACGUAAAGUUUAUGUUUGAUAAUAACAAGAAAAUAAGAACAGAGACAUUGACAAAGACUACAAAUGCAGUUUAUAAGUUUGAGACAAGUUUCCAAUAUAAGUUCAAGUAUGGUGAGCCUUUGGAAACAAAGAUGUUGACGGUGGAAGUACUGGAUCAAUGCCUUUUGGGCUCAGAUAACUAUAUUGGUGGCUUCACAAUGUCUUACAACUCAAUCAUUCAUGGACCAGUCCAUAAUCGUGUCGUCAUCAGAAAUGAUGGCAAGCCAUCGGGCACCAUCGAGUUUGACCUGGAGAUGAAGCAGCUCACCGAGACGCUGCUCACAUUCAAGCGCGUCGUGGCCAACUUCUACCCGGGCGCCAUCUCGCCCAUGGACCAGCAGGCCGAGAAGUUCCUUUCGUACUUUGUCUACGAUGGCGCAGCACCCAACAGCAAGGACAGACGCGUGAUCAAGACUAGGAAGUCGCCCCUGCUCCAGUGGCCCGACCUUGAGCAGCUCAAUGUCGAGACCAGUCUCAAGGCCCUGCUGUCCAACCCAAUUGUCUUCACCAUUCACAACCACCGCCAGUACACCGAGGCCGACCCAGCGUACGGCCAGACGACCCUGAAGCUCGAGUCCUACGUCACACGAUCGGCACAGCUACAGGACAACCAGAGGAUCGCCUUUGUCGAGCCAAUAGUCGUGAGCAACCAGAUUGUUGGUGCGCUCGAGGGUGAGGUGUACCUGACCAAUGCACCAUUGUUAGGUCAGAUGGUCGCCGGCACACAUACUGAUGUUGGCAUCGAGGGUGGCCAGGAUCUGUUCUCAUCACUCAAUGGAGCCUCAUCACCAACAACUCAAGAUGCGCCACUGCCUACUGGAUGGGAGAAGCGCACAGACGACAGUGGCAAGGUUUACUAUGUCGAUCACAACACAAAGACAUCACAUUGGAGUCUGCCAGCACAAGCUGUCCACGCACCUCCACCCCCACCCCCAGUCCAACCCGCGCCAACUCAAAUGCCAACUCCAAUCCAAACUCAACCAUCUGUACCAUCUGCACCAUCUGUACCAUUCACAUCACAACCACCUCCACCAACAACGACUCAACAACCACCAAUGAUGCCACAACAAGUACAACAACAACAACAACAACAACCACCAGUUCCACAGCCACAACGACAAAUGCCACAGAUGCCAAUCCAACCACAACAACCAAUGUACCAACAACAACCACAACAAGUUAGACCACCAGUUGGAUAUCCAGGUGUUGUACCAGUUUCACUAUCUAAUUCAACUAUUAAACGUAAUACACCAUGGGCUGCUGGAUGUUGA